AUGAAUAAUUCAAUUGAUCGUCAAGGUAUUCUUGAUAAUUUAACAGCAAUUGAAACAACUGCUAAAUUACUUGUUAAUGCUUUUGUAAAGAAAAAUAAUGAUACAGAAUUAUCUUUAAAUGGUAUACAUCGAGAAGAAUUAGUUACUCAAACAACAACAUUCUUAUCACAAGCACAAAAAUUAAUUCUUAAUCUUUCAAAUACAUUCAAUUUAUCAACAGAUGGCUUUUUUCAAAAAUCACCUAAAGACAAUCUAACAGAAGCAAGUGACCAACUUACGUCAACGUCAUUGAUAUCAGAUGUAUCACAAAAUAAUGAAGAUGAAAAAACUGAUUCGAAAAGUUUAUCAUCUAAAAAAAUUUAUUCAUUAUCAUCAGUUACAUUGGAUGACAUUAUUCAAAAUCGAUUAACACCAAAACAUCUUCUACCUAAUUAUCCACUUCUUCAUGAUUCAAUUCAACCAAAUCUUAUUUCACUUAUUCGUAGUCUUCGUUCAAUAGAAAAUUUUGAUAAUCUUAUGCUUAAAGCUUAUUCAAAAAUCUUUAAUCAAGAAGAACGAAUUUGUUGUAAUUAUGAUGGAAUUAAUGGAAAAUUAUCAUAUCCUCGACAUAAACGUCUUUUACUUGAUUUCAUUAUUAAACUUAUACUUAAUGAACGCAAUAAAAUUCUUGAUGAUAAUGAACGUCAUUAUUUAUAUACACAAUGUGAAAAACAUUUUUCAACAGAUACAUCUUUAACAAAAUAUCGUGGAUUAAAUAUUGAUCAUCUUAAUAAAAAUAAUCGUUCAAAUGAUGAAAAACAAUUUAUUUGCUCACUUUUUCGUCUUAUUAUACCAAAAGAUGAUAUUAAACGUAUUGUUUCAGCUAAACAAGAUUUAUCAUCGGAAUGGAAUGAUAAUGAAAUAUGUAUUUAUUAUGCACGUCCAAUUCAUUUAUUAUGGAUAAAACAAAAAUGGCUUGAACGAUAUCCAUCAAAUAAAAAAAAUGAAGCAGAAAAAUGGUCUCAAUGUAUUGAUUGGGCUAUUGAUUCUUUCCUAGACACAACAAAAGUAUCUAAACAUGCUAAUACAGCUGUUUAUAUUUUAUUAGAAACAUUUUCACAAUUGGACGAACACGUUCAAAAAUGUAUAUUUGAUUUUAUUAUUCAACAAACACUACUUCAAACACAAAAUGGGCCAUAUGAAGCUGAUGCGAAUUUACUUCGUUUAAUAAUGAAAAUUAUUGAUUUAGCUGACUAUGAUUCAUGUGCAACAUUAGCUACUUCAAUAUUUGCAACAAAUUCACGUAUAUGUCUUUAUCGAUUUUUAUAUUCAAAUUUGCUUAUUCAAGAUGUUUUACAAUGCUUUAAUCGUCUUUUAACAAUAAAAAGUAUUCCAGUUGUUCAACAAGUUUAUCAAGCUAUUUUAGCUGAUAUUACAUUAAAUUUUAAUGUUCUUUUGAAUGUUCUUGAAUAA